UACUCAAAUUUGACGAAUUUGCGUUAUUUGCGACAAGUUUCUACUAGUAAUUUCAUAUAAUAUAUCACAUUUACACAAGAAAGGAUAUGUUUCAGUGCUCAUAGAUUCUGUUACUAUGGAUGGCUCUGUAGCAUGCCCAGUAUGCAACCGAGAAUUCAAAAAGGACCAAAUAGAAGAUCAUGUUAACAAAUGUUUGUUUCUAAAUACACAGCCUGAGAAAAGUGCCGCAAAAAGAAUGGGUUCCUUUUUUAACAGCAUCUCUCCCAAAGAAAAGCGAUUGAAGACAGAGAACAAUAUAAACAACAAUCCACCAAAACAUAUGGAGCCUCAGCCUUCAAAUUCUACUCUUAACAGCAAUGGUAAGGAAGAAAAUACAGGCAAGAGUGUCCCAUUGGCUGAGCAAAUGAGGCCUCUAAGUUUGGAUGAUAUUGUCGGACACAAGGAGUCAUUUGGUGCUGGCACUAUGCUGCGAUCAAUGUUAGAACAAAACAAAAUACCGAAUAUGAUUUUAUGGGGACCACCUGGCUGUGGUAAGACAUCAAUGGCUAAUGUGAUUGCCCAAAUCUGCAAAAAGCAGAAGAAUUUGCGUUUUGUAAAGAUGUCUGCUACAAUGUCUGGUAUCAAUGAUGUCAAGGAAGUGGUCAAAGUUGCCAAAAAUGAAGCUCAGUUUAAGAGACAAACUGUUCUAUUCAUGGAUGAAAUUCACAGAUUUAACAAGCUUCAGCAAGACAGUUUUCUGCCUCAUGUUGAAAAUGGAACUAUAAUGCUUAUUGGUGCAACUACUGAAAACCCUUCAUUCAGUUUGAACAAUGCCCUGCUUAGCCGAUGUAAAGUUGUGGUCAUGGGAAAACUAACUGUUGAAGAUGUGGUGCUGAUACUAGAGAGAGCAGUGGAGAAAAAUAAAGAUGCAGUUCUGGUGGACACAGAAUGUAACUUUGAAUGUCCUACAGAUGGUGAUAUACCUAGGUGUCUAGUAGAGCGCGCGUCACUCCGCUGGCUGGGUGAGGUGAGCGACGGCGACGCUCGUGUGGCGCUCGGCGCGCUGGAGCUGGCGCUGGCGGCGCGCGCGCCCGCCUCCACGCGCGUGCACGAGGCCGGGCCCGCGCUGCUCACGCUUGACGACAUCAAGAAUGGUAUCAAGCGUUCGCACAUGGUGUACGACCACCACGGCGAGGAGCACUACAACACGAUCUCCGCCAUCCACAAGUCCAUCCGCGCGAGCGACGACAACGCAGCACUUUACUGGACGACGCGCGCGCUGCACGGCGGCGAGGACCCGCUCUACAUCGCGAGGAGACUCGUCAGGGUCGCCUGCGAAGAUGUUGGUGGGUACAGGCCACAUAGCUACGGCGAACAUGAUGUCCGCGAUCCACAAGUACACCCGUGCGAGCAACGACAACGCAGCACUUUACAGGACGACGGCGAAUAUUGCGAAAAUAUUGGUUUGGCUGACCAGAAUGCCAUAGUGGAAGCCGUAUCGUGCCUGCAAGGCUGCCAGCACGUGGGCAUGCCGGAGGCCGACGUGCUGCUGGUGCAGUGCGCGGUGCGGCUGGCGCGGGCGCCCAAGAGCAGGGAGGUGUACGAGGCCAUGAAACGCUGCCAACACUCUCUUACAGAAGCGAAAGGACCGUUGCCGCCCAUACCUCUACACUUGAGAAAUGCGACGACGAAACUUAUGAAACAAAUAGGAUACGGAAAAGGAUAUAAUUUGCUUCACAAAGACGAAUCUGGUCUGACGUAUAUGCCGGGAGGUAUGGAGGACGUUGACUUCUUUCGAGACGACGAGGGUGGGGGUUAGCUUAUAAAUUGCAACUAAAAUAAAAGUAAUUGUUCCUAGA